GCAGCAUGGAAGGGACAGUGCGGCCGUAGCAAAUAUUAUCAAACAAAAUUGUGUUCAUAACAGUGAUCAUAUGGCAUAGGUUUAGCUUUACGAUGACCUUUUUAAACGUUUGAGGAUCUUUGUAGCAACGAACUACUUUGUAUCGCGGAGGAACAUUCAGGAGUGAUAUCAGCGUCAAGAUGGCGGAAGAGCGUCUGAAAAAAAUGGCAGGCUUGGAGUCUCGAGUCGCUACAGAAGAAGAGAAACCAGAACCAGAAAAACCCGUGGACCGGGAAAAGACUUGUCCCCUGUUGCUCCGUGUGUUCUGCAACCAGAACAGGUUCCACAGGCCUGAAGAAUUUGCUCGAGGGAAUGUGCCAUCCAACGAGCUUCAAAUCUAUACCUGGAUGGACUGUACACUUAAGGAGCUGACUGGUCUGAUAAAAGAAGUCAACCCCGAGGCCAGAAGGAAGGGAACAUUCUUCGACUUUGCUACUGCAUAUCCAGAUUUGAGACGUGGAGGUUACCGUCUGAAAGAGAUUGGCAGCACCUGUUCGGGGAGGAAAGGAGCAGACGACAAUAAGACGUUGGGUUCUCAGAAGUUCCAGAUAGGAGACUACAUCGACAUAGCCAUCACACCGGCCAGGCCGGGGGGUCCGCGCGGGGGGCGACCUUACUGAACAACUGUCCUUCUGUCGUCAGGAAACUCAACUGCCUUCUGACAUGAUGAAAUGUGAACUUACAGACGUCUAUGUCGAAAAGUUCGUAGUUUUUGCGUGACCUUUCCACUUGGAAUUUAUGACAGCAAAUAAUAUGUUUCCAUUGUGUUACUACUUUGAUACAGAAUUGUUUAAACCACAGACUUUUGAUACACUAUGAAAGCCUUCAUUCCCUCCUACCAUAGAAUUAAAUCCUGCAAAAAUAAAAACAUUUACAGCACAAUAGAUUCAGUACAAAACUGUAGAGGCUGCUUGAACACAUUUCCUAUUUGGACAAGGUUGAGUUUCCCAAUGGCAGCUUUUGUAAUUUUUUUUAUUUGAAACCAUUCAUGUCUAAGAGAACCGAGUCACACAUCUUUUACGAAAAAGGUGCAAAGUAGUUAAUCAGAUUGUGUGAAUGACCUCUUAGUGUAAUACCGGUAGGUUUUGUAUCUAGGUUAGAAAACAAAAUGAAUGUGACAGAUGUAUUCCAGGUACAUUGUUAGAUUUCAAUAGAAUGUUGAACUCUAUCAUAUGGUAUAGACCAACAACCAUUGCACAUGUACUAGAAAUAUCCUCAAGCAAAUGUAUUCUCAGUGUAUUAUGCCUGGUAUUGCACCAUUCAGUACACUUUGUAGUAUUGUAUUUUUAGCGGUAGUUAACCAUUAAAAAUGCAAUACAGAAAAGAGUACUAAAGGCAGCAAAAACAGGCAUUGAGCACUGUAAGUGAUUGCUUGCCUUACACCUGCUUGGAGAUUAUUCAAAAAGGAAUCUCCCUAAAUUAGAAUUUGGCUCUCCAUUCCUUACAACUGGAUUUAGUAGAAGGUAAAGGGUUAACCUGGGUAGUAUCCUCUGUAGUGACUGCUGGCUCAAUCCUUUCACUUGCUAUCAACAGUCACUACAUAGAAUGGUACUCAGGCUAGUAAAGGGUGUGAUUUUAGCUCUAAUUCUGAUUGUUGGUUUUCAGUUUUAGAUUUUCAUUAUGUCUUAAGUCUUUGAAUUAUGAGAAAAAUGCAAGUAGUGUCAGUAAAGUUUGUCCAUUGUAUCCAUACACAACUUUAUUCUCUAGGAUGAAAGCUCAUCCAUGAUGAAACAUUGGUAAUAAAAGGGAAAAUUGUAACGACAUA